AUGGGUGCAGAGUCAACAGCUUCCUUACGUGCACACUCUCCGACCUCCGCAUCACUUGAAUCUCUUCCCCGCUCAACAUGGUCUUCAUUAGCAGCAUGCUUGCCACGUCGUCGUCAUUUGCGUCAACUGAUACUUUUACUUGUCUCGACAAUGAUACUGUUAUGGACAGCCAUGUUCUAUUAUCAUAGCACGGAUGCCAGCAAUAGCAACCCACAACCUGAUGAUACAUCCACGGCCGUUGACAACCAAACAACACAACCACCAGCUGAUACCACCAAGGUUGAUACCAUCACAACACCUUAUCAAGAACCUGUAUGGCCCAAGUUUCAGUCUUGGAAUACUGAUGGCUGGGUUAAGGAUAUGGAGACGAAGGAUUUUCUGCAUGGGUUGCAAGCAUAUACAACACAGGGGCAUGCUUUGGAUGACCUCCCUAAGCUGGAACAGCAUCAACAAGGCAACAAUAUCAGCGUUACAGCCGUGAUCCAAUUAACGGAUGAGACACACAUCGUUGCACAAUUGAAUGCAUUGUUGGAGCAAACUCGCCAUAUCGAUGAGAUCGUGCUUGUAUGUCCAUCAUCCAUCAAGCAGAGUGCAGAAUACCAUGCUCAAAAACAUACCAAUCCAACGAUACGAGUUCUUGUUGUUGAUCCACCACCUUAUCAAUCUGGGACUGCUGGUGAAUCGAGUUGGUUGCAAGUUAUUCAUACCCUUCAAGCUGAAUGGAUUUGGGUUCUUGAUCAAGGGGUCUUACCAGGGAAGCGAUAUCUCGAGCACAUCCACAACCUUAUGCAUACCAACGAAUACAAAGAUGCAUUAUUGGGUGUUCAUGGCGUUCUUCUUCCAGCAAACUUGAAUGAUCAGCAAUAUCAAGUCGAUGAUGUGCUAUGCCUUCCUGAUGCCUUUUCAUUGUUACCCAAUGUUACUCAACCUGUUGACAUGAUCCAAGGCGCAUGGCUAUUACGACGUGAAUGGCUCCCAUUCUUGACUACCGACAAUGCUAUGAAUCUAUUGGAGACACCGUUGCCGUACUACAUUAGCAGAAACCUUCAGCACCAUGCAUCGUUGCCAUCCAUCAUUUUACCAUCUCAUGCUAAUCCAGAAUACCAAUUGCAAAAUGUCACGUGCAAAUCAAUCAUUGAAGGUUUUGAGGAUAAGGAUGGUGCCUGGAAGAAGUUAUGGGAUUUGAAGAGCGACCCAAGUAGCCUGGAUUGGCGUCAACGUACGUUCAUGGCUGAACAAGAUCAAGCAUCGGUAUUGUUGGUGGCUGAUGGGCCUGAACAAGCUAUUGCAUUGCAUCCACUCGUAUGCCGAUACAAUGUCCCUGUUCAUUUGGUGGUUACGGGUGCCAAUCGUGGCAUGUCAGGAGAUGCAUUCAAGCAAGCAUUGGCAGCUUCAGCAUGCAAGAAUGCCGAGAGGAUACUCGUACAUGAUUUGGCAGUGGCUCAAGGUGAUGAGGCAUCAGUGGCAUCGGCAACCGCUACGGGUGUUAGGAGAUUAGCACAAGCAUUGCGACCUCGAGUGGUGAUCCAUAUUCGUCAAAAUCAGCCUGUAUAUCAUGUUGUGGAUGCAACGAUCGCUGCUGAGAACAUCACCACCAUUGCGUUACCUGCAGGUGAAAUACGUCAUGCAUUAUGGAUUGCCGAUCUUUCAGCGGAUGCUUUACAACAUUGGAAUGAUAUUCAAAUGGAUUUGAUUGUGAUUACUGAUCGACGUCCUCAUUCGUUAUCGCGAUUGCUACAAUCAGCCAGCCGAUCACAUUACCUUGGUGACACUGUCAAUCUCAAAGUUCAUCUUGAACAAUCAGCUGAUCGUGUUACAAGAAUGCUUGUCAAUGGAUUUUCUUGGAAUCAUGGUCCGAAAACGGUGCGACAUCGUAUUCGUAAAGGAGGUCUUAUGCCAGCCAUCAUUGAAUCUUGGUAUCCUGUAAAUGAUGACAACUACGCUGUGCUACUCGAAGACGACAUUGAAGUAUCACCAUUGUUUUAUGCAUGGGCCAAAUAUAGCAUCUUGCAGUACCGAUACAGUGGAUCCACCUCUCAAGACAACACGCGUUCAAUGUAUGGUAUCAGCCUUUAUUCACCCCGUCAUUUGGAAUUGCUACCUGAAGGCCGGCGACCCUUUGAUCCCAAUACUGCUAUCGGCGAUGAUUAUGGUCAACAUAUCCCAUAUCUCAGUCAAGUGCCUUGUAGUUGGGGUGCUGUAUACUUCCCUGAACAUUGGCGAGAGUUCCACAGCUAUUUGACCAAUCGAUUGGAGGAUCUUCAACAAGACCGCCUUCUCAACAUUACUGUGCCUGGUAGUCGAUCCGAACGAUGGAAAAAGUCAUGGAAAAAGUACUUUAUCGAGCUGGUGUACUUGAGAUCUUACGUGAUGUUGUAUCCCAACUUUCAACUUUUCGAAUCAUUUUCUACCAACCAUCUCGAAUUUGGCACACACGUCAAAAAGGGCCAAGGACGGGUGAACGCUUUGGAUGAAUUCCUAGUACCACUGAUGCAACGUGAUACCAUCCUAAGUCAACUACCUGACAAUCGCCUUCCUGUAUUUGGUGAUUUACCGGUUUUGGAUUUAUGGGGUCAGCGUAAGCCGUUGGAGGAAUUGGAUGCUAUUGGUGCUGAAUGGCACAAGAAUGUAUCAUCAUGUGCACGUCAAGUUGGCAAGUUUGAUGCUCAAGAUUUACUAUGCCCUGUAUCCAAGCAUCGACAUGGGAAGAAAAUUGGUGGCAAAAAGCAAAAGCCAGCCGACGAAGCUGUGGAGCCAUUGGUCUUUGUGACGCAAGUAGUAACCGAAGAAGAAGAACAAAAAUUAAAAGAGCAACAAGAAGGCGACGACAACAAUGAUGAAGUCUAUUUACCAACUCCUAUCGAUGUCUCUCAAAUGAGUUCGCCUGAGCUUGACCAACGCAAUGAAGACGACGAGUUAUUGGAUCUCGAGCAGGAUAUUGAGACCUUGAACAAGUUGUAUCAAGACAUUGAGCACUAG